AUGCGGUCCAGGGCGAAAGCACCGGCCGCACCGCCGAUUCGCUACCAUUACGAGCCCAUCGGGCCCGGUGCGACGCAGGGUGCCCGGCCCGAGACGCACUACACCAGCUUCCGACGCACCCCUCUCGCAACCGCCGACGACGCCCCCGCACAGCGCGACCAGGACGACGACGAUGAGAAUGAAGAAGGGGAUGGGGACGACGACGCCGACGGCGCCCGACGACGAAACGAAACCGCUGCUGCCUCGUCGUCGUCGUCGUCGUCCAAGGCGCUCGAGGGUCUGCCGGCAGAGGAGACAUUCGAGAUCGGCGACGUCGUCUACCUCCCCUCGUCCUACCAGGCUCCGCUCGUCGGCGUCCUCACCCACCUCUGGACGCUCGACGACCGCGUGCAGACCGAACAGGAGACCAUCUACGGCGUAGUCAGGCUUCUGCACUGGCCCGAGUGGAUGAGCACCAUGGCCAAGCGCAGGAUGGCCGGCCUCACCAGCAAGAACGAGGUCUACUAUACGCACAAGGCGCCCAAGGUGUCGAAGCGCAGAACGCAGACGGCCAUCAAGACGGGCCAGCAGGUCGACGACUUUGAGGCAGGCCCGGCGCUCCACGACUACUCGUUCGACGUGCAGGAGAUCAUCGCCAAGGUCUCGAUCCAUCCCUCGCAGGACGAGUGCGACGAAGCCGUUCAGCAGGCCACGGCCACGGCCACGGCGGCCGCCACCGACACCGACACCGACGCCGACGCCGACGCCGACGCCGCCGCCGGCGAGUCGGCACCAGGGGAUGCCAGGCACUCUCGGCGGUCGAAGAGUCAGGUCGCCACCGCAUCGAGCGCCGCGUCGCGCCAGCCCAAGACGCAUUGCAUCUACAAGGGGCGCUCGUUUCCGACUCACCUCUUCUGCGAGCGCGCCGUCGACCCGAACCGCGAGCUCUUCUGGAAGGUCGACUGGUCCAAGGUGGUGCAGCGCGGCAAGCAGGACCGGCGCUGGGACCUCGUCGACCAGAGCAGCGACGAGCUGCGCGCGCUCACCGACCAGGGACAGAGGGUGAACGACGUCGUCGAGGAGAUGACGGCGAGCCGGGAACUGCAGAGCUCCAGCCGAGGAUCGGCGGCGGGAACGCCAGCCAAGGCGGCAGCCGGCGCAGCAGGCGCACCUUACACGCCGAGGCGCCGGUCGCGGCUCGCACAGGAGACGAGCGCAUCCGCCCUCUCCACUCCGACGACGGGCCGAACCCGACGGGCGGCCGCAGCGGCGUCGACGCCUUCCAAGACGUUCAGCAUCGCCUCGGAGGGCUCCGUGACGCCGAGCGAGGCCGAAGACGGCGACGACGACGACGAAGACGAUGGCCGUCGGGCCCGACACAGGGACGACGACGACGAUGAAGAUGCGAGUGGUUCAGACGACGAUUUCAAGAGCCUCUCCGAGGGCGGCGACGACGAUGAGGACGAUGCCGAAGUGGGCUCCGGCGAAGACGACGACGACGACGACGACGAUCUGCUGCGGACGCCGUCGCGCAAGCGGGCACGGUCGUCAAAGGGGCCAGACGACCUGAUGACGCCGAGCAAGCGGAGGGUGCUGGCUACGCCGCGAAAGACGCUGCUGGCGCUCAACAGCCCGGCCAAGGCGACGGCCACGCCGCGCUCGCGCGCGCGGCUGCUGGGCAUCAAGGCGCGCAACCUGCCGCACCCGUCGCUGCCGGCGCGCCCGGCCAAGAUGUCGUCGCUGUCCGGCGAGGAGCUGCGCCAGCUCCGGCUGGGCAUGACGCGCAUCGUCUUUAUGCCCUACACGGACCGGCAGCUGGUCGAGAUUGUCAAGUCGCGGCUGGGCAUCGCCUCGACGACGACGGGCAUGGGACCGGGAGGCGCCGGUGCAAAGGCGCUGGCGGCGCGGCAGCGCGACAUGGAGACGGACGCGACGCGCGGGUGCAAGGACGUCUUCCACCUCGACGCCAUCACCUACGUCUCGAAGCGCGUCAGCAACGUGAGCGGCGACGCGCGGCGCAUGCUCGACGUGUGCCGCCGUGCCGUCGAGCUCGUCGAGAUGCGCGCUGUCGCCUCGGUCGCUGCCGUCGCUGCGGCGGCCACUGGAUCCACAUCGACCAGCAACGGCGGCAACAACGACGCUGCGGCGACGGCGACGGUCAAGGCCGUGACGAUUGCGGAUAUGAAGUCGGUGCUCGACUCGAUGGUCAAGAGCGGGCGGGUAUCGCACAUCCUCUCGCUGCCGCUGCACGGCAAGGUGCUGCUGCUGAGCCUGUUUAGCUGUCUGCGGCGGAGCGGGCUGGUCGAGGCCGAACUAGUCGACGUACUCACGCACCACCGCGCCGUGUGCAGGAUGUACGCCAUCCACCCUUCGCCCCUCCUCCUCUUUUCCCCUUCUUCUUCCUCGUCGUCGUCGUCGUCAUCACUCCCUCUUGGAGCGGGAGCGGGAGCGGGAGGGGGGGUGGAAAAGGUGGUGUGGGAUAAAAUCGACUUUGCUCCCGCCCUCGCACAACUCUGCUCGCUCGGCCUCAUCCUUGCUGUCGGACAGGGUGCGGGACCGGGCAGGGCGAGGGGGUUUUCGCGCCUCAUUCUCGCCUGCCAGGAGGACGAGGUGCGGCUGGCGUUUGGAAACGAUGCCGACGAGCGCCUGCGCAAGAUGCUCUAG